AUGUUUACUCGGCUAUUCCGUAAACCAAAGAAGAAGGAGACUGAUACUCUCCAAACAUUAGAGAAGCUUAAUGAGAGAGCUGCUCAAGAGGUUGAGAUAGCAAAGGAGUUCACCCGUGCCAAGAACAAACGAGCGGCUAUGCUAUGUUUGAAAAGGAAGAGUGUCUAUGAGCAACAAGUCGAACAGCUUGGAAAUUACCAGCUCCGUAUUCAUGAUCAAAUGAUUAUGUUAGAAGGUUCUAAAGCAACAACAGAGACUUUAGAUGCUUUGAGGAGUGGUGCCUCUGCGAUGAAAGCUAUGCAGAAAGCAACGUAUGUGUUUAUAUACCUAGUUUAUGAUUGA